AUGAAGCGCAGCGUCACUUUUAAUGACGAGAGAUGCGGACGAAAACCAGUACUGUUCACUGAGGAGGAGCAAACUAUCAAGAAAGCGGCACUCGAGUUUUCACGAAAUGGCACGCCUUUGUCAAGAGAAUGUCUCAAAGACUUGGUUCAAAUGUUUGUAAACAGUCUGCCAUUGUCUCAUCAGAAUGCUUUACCGUUUAAGGAUACCAGAACUGGAGAUAGUUUUGUGCGCAACUUUUUGAAUCGACACAAAGAACGUUCCCUCAAACGCAGAGCGAACCUCGAAAAACCGCGAGCUGAUGCCAUGUCCCCUGUCACAAUGGCAGAACACUUCGCGCGGCUUCACCAAGUGUACAGAGAGUACAAAAUAACGAGUGCUCAACAAAUAUUCAAUCUUGAUGAAAGUGGGUUUUCUAUGAGAACUGUGCAUCGUAGCCGAACAAAAGCGGUGUUCGAGCGCACAGCUCGCAGCAAUUCCAAAGAAUUGAAAUGGUCAAAAAACGCUGAGCAUGCGACCAUAAUGCCGGUUGUAUCUGCAGAUGGGCGGGUGUGGUGCCCAGUUGCCAUUCUUCCAGGAAAACGGUCGAAAUACCGGAUCCGCGCGGAUGGAAAAAAAGAAACACCGUCUUGCUACCUUCCAUCAAACGCCUACACAAGCUACCGAGAUCCAGCCGGAGUUGACGGAGCAAUUUUCUACGACUGGGCGCAGAAGUUUGUAACGGAAACAACACAUUUACGACAAAAGCAUAAAAACAUUGUGCUCACGUUUGAUGGUUAUGGAGCACACGUUUCAUUGAGAGCGCUCAAGGUUUUGAAAGAAAACAAUAUUGUCGUCGUCGGACUGCCUGCACACACCAGCCACAGGACGCAAGUACUCGACUACUCAGUUUUUUCUUCGUUCAAGACGUUUUUUCGCAGUACAUUGAACCGUCGAGCUAUUGGUGCCACCAAUGAAUGCCGUAAUGACAUUUAUACGCUGUGCGAGAUGCUCCACGAGGCGUACAAGCGAUCUGUUACGUACAACAACAUUGUGUCUGGGUUCAAAGCGUGCGGCAUCUGGUGCCCAACGCGCAAAGACAUCGUACCAGAAGUAAUCAAUGCAAGUGAUAUCACUAACUGGCAGGGGUAUGAAAGCCAAGCAGCAGCUCACCGCGGGUAUCAAGAACUGGUGGACAAGUUCAAGCGGAGCAAAAAUUUGCUCGUGUCGGAUGGCGAAGUUCUUAACAGCGGUACGAUUAACACGACAAGCGGUGCGCUGCUUACGAGUGAGGACGUUUUGGAAGCAUUGCAGGCUAGGUCGGAUCAUCGUGCUGCAGAAGAGCAGGCCCGCAAUUCGCGAGCUGAAGAGGCGUGUCAGAGGCGGGCGAUCAGGAUCGCACAAGCCGAAGCGACGGCGAGAGAGAAGGAACUGGCCGCGCAGCGGAAGGCGGCUCAUGAUCGCUGGCUUUCUCAGCGCUCUAGUCGUCAGAGGCAACUGGAUGAAAACCGCAUCGCGCGGAGGCAACUGGCAAAGAUGAAAGUGGCCGCCAUGUCAUCGGUUAGCAUCGUUGCUGAGUAA